AUGAAAGAACUCGCCAGCAGCAGCAGCAGCAGCAGCAGCAACAGCAGGAAGAAGAAGGCUAAAUAUAAGGGUCGCAGCAGCAAUCGGAGCAGCAGCAGCAGCAGCAAAAGACAUAAAAAGGAGUGCAAGUGGAAGGGCCGUGUAAAGGCUGCAACGCGGGAGGCCCUGCAGAAGCAGUGGCUCUCGCGCUUGCUGCUGCUGCUGCAGCAGCAGCAGCAGCAGCCUCUGACAGCAGCACAGCAGCAGCUGCUGUCGUUGCUGCAGCGGCAUGAACAGCAACAUGCAGGGAUGCCUCAGCAGCUCUCCAUGCCCCGCAUGCAGCUGGGGACUAAGUUGCGUAAAGAGUUUCGUGCUGCAGUGCAGCAGCUGCAGCAGCAGCAGCAGCACAGCAGCAGCAGCAGCAGAUCUGCUGCAGAGAAACAGCUGCGUGUCUGCCUCGUUGACUUUGUUUAUUUUCUCCCCGCGUUGUCCUCAGCAACAGCAACGCACUGUCUCCUCCUAGCUGCUCACGCCUACCCGAAGCAGCAGCAGCAGCAGCAGCAGCAGCAGCAGCAGCAACAGCAGCAGCAGCAGCAGCAGCAGCAGGAAGGAGAUGGUGGGGACGUGCUGCAGCUGCAAGCGAAGCCGACUGGGGAGUUGAUUGAGCUGGCGUUUGCUGCUGCUGCUGCUCGCUGCAGCGAGAGAUGUCUCCGGAGCUUCUUAGCUGCAGAUUUAUCUGUGCUGCUGCAAGCUUUGCUGCUGGCCCGCCGCAACGGCGUCGCAGCAGCAGGAGCAGCAGCAGCAGCAGCAAACGAGUUGGUAACAAGAGCAGCAGCAGAAAUACAGUGGAAAGCAACAGCAGCAGACUUGCGAGAAACUGCUGCUACGUUGACGCAGCUUGCUGCUCUGGGGCAUAGAGAGCCUGCGGUGUACGUACACCUCAGCCAUCGCUUGAUAGACCUUAUUCUAGACCCUGAGCAGCAGCAGCAGCAGCAGCAGCAGCAGCAGCAAGACCUGCUGCUGCGUGUAGAGUGGCUGGCUGCAGCAGGAAAGGCGCUUGCAGCAGUGCAGCAGCAGGACCUCCGUGUCGCCCGAGUAGUUGUCCUUGCUGCUGCUGCUGCUGCUACAGCUGCUGCUGCACCUGCUGCUACCGCUAUCCACGACAACGCUUCACAACGCCACCACAACCAGCAGCAGCAACAGCAGCAGCAGCAACAGCAGCAGCAACAGCAGCAGCAGCAGCAACAGCAGCAGCAGCAGCCACAGGCCCUCUUGCGCCCGCAUGCAGUUGCAGAUAUGGCGUUCUUUGUUUCUGCUUACCAGCGCAUGCAGCAGCAGCAGCAGCAGCAGCAGCAGCAGCAGCAGCAAGAGAACGAAGUAUGGAGACACUCUCAAGCCCCCAAGGAUGAACCAGCAGCAGCAGCAGCAGCAGCAGCAGCAGCAAGAAGGGGAGAGCCUCCUGCUUUCCUGUCUGCUGCAGAAGCAGCAGCAGUUGCUGCUGUGUUGCUGCCGCAUGCUGCUGCUGCUGCUGCUGCGGAAUCUCUGUGUGGGGUUCAAAUCUGCACCAUUCUCCGUUUCUUUUCUGCUGCUGCACAGCAGCAGCAGCAACAGCAGCAGCAGCAGCAGCAGCUCAUGCUAUGUUGCACUUUGCUGCAGCAGCUGCUAGAGAAGGGCCCCCAUUCUCUGCCUCAGCAUUCGCUUGCUUCCUCCUUGCAAGCGCUGCGCCACCUCUCCCCCUUGCUGCAGCAGCAGCAACCUUUGCUGCAGCAGCAGGAGGAACAGCAGCAACAACCGCAGCAGCUGCUGCGGCAACUCCGGCUGCGCUGGCUUGCUGCUGCUGCUGCCCCCUCCGUCGCAGCACGGAUGAAGCCUCAGACAUUUUUGCUGCUGCUGCAUGGAGCUGCCGAUGCAGCAGCAGCAGCAGCAGCAGCAGCAGCAGCAGCAGCAGCAGCAGGAACGGCAGAAGCAGAGCGCCGUCUGCUGCUGGUGUUGCUGCAGGCGUUGCAAGGAGCCCCGCUGCUGCAGCUGUUGGGGCAUGCUCCACUGAAGCAGCAGCAUCAGCAGCUUCUGCUGCUGGAGGAGACACUGCAGCACGCCGCUGCUGCAGCGGGGUUUGCUGCUUCACCGGAACCUCCGUUAUCAAAGCAGCAGCAGCAGCAGCAGCAGCAAGAUACACCCCAGCACGAGCUGCUGCAGCUGCAGCAGACACUUCAGCGCCUGCGGCGAAGGCUCGCCCAGCCACAGCAGCUGAACAGCAGCACCAGCAGCAGCAGUAGCAACAACAGUAUCAGCAGCAACCGCUGCAGUACCCGCAGCAGCAACGGCAGCACAAGCAACCGCAGCAGCAGCAAAAGCAGCAGCAGACGAAAAGCAUUUUAA